AUGCGUCUCUUCAAAAGUGCCAACGAAAAUUAUGAUACAUUUGUGAUGUCGGACACCUUAUUGACAAGGAAAACAUAUGAUGGCACAGUUGUGAUGUUGUACACCUUGCUGGCCAGGAAAACAUAUUCUUUGCGUACACCGUACGUGACCAACUCCUACAUGCUCAGUCAGUUAUCCUACCGAGAAGUACCGGAAUCAUUGGCCGGUGUGGCAGCCGGCUGGGCCCCGCAUCGUCGGCGUGACCAUUUCCGUCAGUCACAUUUCAUUCCCUGUGCAAACUUGUUGAUGGUUAUGAUGGCAAGGAUAGUGAAAAGAGGAAGAUCUUUAAAAAAGUCAUCUUCGAGUGUUGAACCACCGUCAGAAUCCGUCGAAGGUUCCGAAUCUGAUCACACCGCUGAUGAGUCUGAGGAAGAGUCAGCGAACGAAUCUUCUAUUCUACCAUCCGAUCGAAGCAAUGGGGGUGCUCACGAUGGAGAAUCUGGGUCGGAAGAGGAAGUCAUGUUGAAUGUUGACUCUGAUGAAGAGUUGCAACUUGCGUUUGAGAAGGGUCUCCUGAAGCCUGGUUUGAAUGCAUUUGGAGUCCAGAAUAAGAAAGUCUACGUGAAUGACGAGAACGCCUUGAUGUCGAAAUUUGACGGCUUCAAAUUGGAUUUACCACCUUUGGAAGUUCUAAGCAUGACGCUGAAACCUGCGGCACUUGCUCCUGAAUUAGCGAUUGAGGAAGAAGCGCAUGCUGAGAAACGGUUGAAGCUUUUUGAAGCAAGAGCUGCAAAGAAUCUGUCUCGUGGUCAAAAGCCAAAGAAAGACUCGUCUCUAGAUAGUGAUCUAGUUCAUAAUGACUUCAAACGCGAGAUCAUGUUCUAUCGUUUGGCUCAAGCAGCGGUGUUGAAAGGAAUUCCGGAAUUGAAAGUAUUGGGGGCUAAAACAAAGAAGCCAACGGACUAUUUCGCUCAAAUGGCGAAGACUGACGAACACAUGCAACGAGUGCGGCAUAAACUGUUAGAUGAGGAGGAAAAGGCAGAAAACUCCGCCAAAGCGCGGCGACUUCGUGAGUUGAAAAAAUUCGGCAAACAGGCCCAAGUGGCGGUUUUACAGCGCCGGCAUGAUGACAAGAAACAGAUCAUGGAACAGAUUAAAAAAUUCAGGAAAGGUCAAAAAGAUGCGUUGAAUUUCUUGGACGGAUCUGGUAGCAUGCCCAAGCCUGGCAAGAAGGAGUCUCGUGAGCGAAACGUCAGCACACAGAAGUCCAGAAAAAAACGUGUGGCAAAAGACAAUAAGUAUGGUUUUGGUGGUCAAAAGAAGCGGUCGAAGUACAACACGAGAGACAGCACCGAUGAUGUUGGAGAGUUUGGUUCCAAGUCGCUUGGUAAAAUUGGAAAGCGACCGAAAAACUAUUUUCGCGGCGAAGCUUCCAAUAUAAAAGUGACGAAAAUGACGCAAAAGCCGCCCCCGCGUAUGCGCUGCUUUUUUGACAUUUCUAUUGGCGGAAAUGCUGCUGGGCGGAUAGUGUUUGAAUUGUUCAAUGACCUAUGUCCAUUGACGUGCGAAAACUUUCGAGCUUUGUGCACUGGGGAGAAGGGGAUAGGGAAAAUAUCGAAGAAACCCCUACAUUAUCGAAACGCGCCGAUUCACCGAGUUGUGAAGAACUUCAUGAUACAAGGAGGAGAUUUCACCAAUGGCAACGGAACUGGCGGCGAAUCCAUCUACGGGCGAAUGUUCGAAGACGAAAACUUUGAAAUGAAACACAAAAAGCCAUUCCUCCUUUCAAUGGCGAACAAGGGACCGAACACGAAUGGAUCGCAAUUCUUCAUAACGACUCAAGCGACGCCGCAUUUGGAUGGAGUCCAUGUUGUGUUUGGACACGUGCUGGAUGGUUCUAAAAUUGUUUCGGAAAUUGAAAGUCUUGCGACGGAUAAGAGCAAUCGUCCAACCGAAGACGUCAUCAUCUCAAACUGCGGCGAGCUGAUCCGAGUACUCAAGAAGAAAAAUGCCUCCCCAGCUCCCAAACAUAAAGUCGAGAAGCCGAAGAAAAAGAAGAGAAAGAAGGAAUCGAAGGACCGCAAGCGACGCAGUUCGGGCUCUGAUUCGGGAUCCGAUUCAGCCCCCGGCGGAUCCGAAGACGAAGAGUUGCGCCGUAAAUCCCGCCCAUCCAAACGCAACAAUAAAUCCAAGGAAGACAGGCCGCGAGAGCCGCAAAGGCAUAGGGAAUCCCGUAGCAGAUCCAAGGAGGAUCGCGAUCGUUCGACAAAACGAAAAGAUGGACCACCCGCGGCGUCUCCCCAACCUCCGACGGAAGAUCAAGAGCCAUUUGACAAGUCGACGUUGCAUCCAUUAGCGACCGUGAGUGCUCUGGACGCCGGAGACAUCCCCGAGGUGCCGAAGAACAAAUUUCUGUAUAGAACCGACGAGUUGCCAGAGAAGGUGCAGACGGAGAAGCGACGUUCGCCGCCGACCAGGAGAGGGAGAGAGAGUUCGUUGUCGCCGCCGCCGCCGCGGCGGCCGGACAGGCGAGGUAGGGACAGGGACCGUGAGAGAGAGCGUCGUCAGCCGUCUCCGGAGAGGCCGAAGCGAGAUCAGUUCCGUGGAUUUACGCGAAGCGGGCGGAGGAUUAAGGGCAAAGGAGUGCUGAGGUACCGAACGCCAUCCAGAAGUAGGUCGCGCAGUGUUACACCUCCUCACUGGCGGAAUGCGCAGAGACGAACGAUUUCAUUGGCUCAGUACGAGAAAAUUAAAGAACAGCACAAGAAGUGGGAGGAAGAUCGAGCCCUGCGGGAAGAAGAGCGGAAGAAACGGCUCGAAGAGCGCAGUCUGAAAGAGGAAGAAGAGUUGCGUAAACGACUUCUGGAGAAAAUGGAGCGUCGAAAGCAGGAAGUGUCUUCCGAUUCCGGCGAGAAGCCCAGGCGUCGUUUCACUGAGAAUCCAUCGUCAUCUGAAAAUCGUGACGAAGAAAGCAGCGCUAUCGAGAAGGUAGCUAAGAACUAUGGCGGGAAUUCUUCCAACGAAAGCUCGCCAUCUGGAAGAAACGGCUUCCGAGACGAAGAAGCGAAACCCGACCUUUCCAAGUUGACUGCCCAGGAAUUGGUCUCCGGUCGAUACUCGGAUGGUUCCGACUCUGAUACCCCGAGACAACAGGAACAGUUCCGCGAUGGUGGACGUCGGUCUGCGUCUAGAGAGCGAUUGAUGUAGAAUUUGCAAUAUUUCUUCUCUGAUUCCUCUAUUUCUCCUUUCCUUUUUCUGUUUUUUUUUCAUUCGGCAUUCCUGAGGGAUUUUUGAUGUAAUCAUUUUUUCCUUGAUCGACAAAAAACUUUAAACCUGGCCAUAUAGUUGGACCGAGUGCAUUUAAUGUGUCAAGCGUGCGACAUAAUUUGUAAGGUCAACUUGGUAGAGUUUAUAUUUUUUCGAUAAUUCCAAUUACUGAGAUCGUUUCCCAUUAUGUGCUGCCACACAUUCGUGCUGAUUCCUGUCCGUUCGCAUUUCCUGUACAUGUGUACUACUUAAAAAGGAAAUUAUGUUCCCGAUAAAAAUUGAAAGAUCUCGCCCGGCGAAUACCCGUCUUCAGCUGGAAUUGUAAUCCACAUGGUAAUUGUAAUUCGUGUUUUGAGGAAUAAGAUUCUUACUUCGAAGCCCCACAACCUGAUUUCGUGGCGCUCUUCGCACUCGUGUAGAUGUCGCUCGGAUUCUGUACAAGUUGGGUGAUUUUUUUUUCUUGUUAGGGUGAUUUACAACAGGUAAAUUUUGGUCCAGUUCGAUGAGGUUACUUCAAAUGAAGUUAGGCGAGUCAUUCAUUAGCUGACACCUGCGUGUCUUUCCAUUGAGUAACUUCUGGCGUUGAAAUGGGAAUACCGUAACUUGAUGCCCGAGAAACUGACUUUUUUCUGCUUUAUUGGGCAUGGAAUUCCUUAAUUUCAUUCUUUCAUUUUGGUAAUUUUUCUAAAUGUUUGAAUACUGUACUUUUUUCGUUCUUUGCCUUUUUUAUUGGCUUAAAAUUCCUUUUUUCAGAUUUCAGCGCAACUGUGCCGAUGGUUUCCCCGGGUGGUAACAAAUGUAAACCUUUAUCUUCAAUUAUUCCUCUCUUAUCUGAAUUACUGCUGGUCAACUUUUAUUGAGAGUUGACCCAUUCAGUUCUUAGUAAAGUUGCCUCUCGAAUAUUUUGCGGUCAUGUGUUCAUUUUUUUUUCUAAAUUUCACAGGUAAGGCGUUUUUUCUUCCCUCGUGUGGCAAAUUUUCAGCUUUGAUUUUUUUUAUUCACUUUUUUCAUCAAAUUCAUACGUUAUUGUUUUCCAGUUUUCCGAGCCCUUAGUUCUCUCUCUGCGCGGAUUCCAGAGUUGUUCCGGGCAGGAAUGAAAUGUACUUUCGUCGUGUGAGACGCGCGAGUUGUAAUUAUUCUUUGGGGGUGGGUCAAAAAAAUUUGGAAUGAAUAUGGACAUCUCGUUCAAGUGUUUCCCAAAACCAAUUGAACGUGGUUUUAUUUUGUUCGAAAAAAAGCGGUACUUCCUUUCUUCUAUUCCUCGAUUUCCGUUUACUGUGCCCAAUGUUGAAAGAAUAACGUGCUGGCGUUCAUUGUUCCACAUGGAUUUCCCUUCCCCUUUUUUUCCUAUGUAAGGUUGCCUGACGUUCAAAUAUAACUUCGAAUUGUCGGCUGAGAAUAUUUGAAGCCGUCGAAUGAUCUAUCAA